AUUAAAGAAACAAAUUUUAACUGUAAUUCAGUUGAACUGCAAUUUAAUUGUUGGCUCAUUUUAUUUGUGAUUUUUAAUACUUUUGUUUUUAGAAGAAAUUAAUUGUUUUAAUUAUGUCUGGUUCGAAUCUUUUAAAGCCCUUGGAACGACAAUUACGAGAGACUUUUCCUGAAUUACGAGAUGAAAAGUCUCAAAAAGCAGCGACGGUUAUUCAAUCUGCUUGGAAAUUGUAUAAGAUUAGGAAAAGAAAACGUUUAGCUUUGGCUUUGUCCCGAUCUAAAUGUAAUUGUACCUUGUGUUAUUUUCGUGACCUUUGUAAAAAAUAUCGACUUUUACACCUUAACCUUUGUGCUACUCUCAUCCAAUCAACCUGGUUGGGUUAUCAUACUCGUAAGGUCGCUCUUCGUGAUCGGGAUUUCCGUCUCAUUUAUCGAGCUCUUCAAAAUGCCAAUUCAACGGCCAAUCAGGAAAACCGAUUAGGCCAUAGGUUUGAUGUUUCUCUCAACAGAUUAUCAAAUAAUUGUCGUUCUAUUCACAUUGAAAAUGAUUUGUGUUCCAUGGAAAUUGCCACUCGAUUAUCACCUGAAUGCUGUUUAAAAGCCGCUCAAUCAAAUGUAAUCACCAUGAUGGUUAAUAUCCUUAAUGAGGCUAAUCGGAGUGAAGCUCACAAAUCGAGGAUUAUUUUAUCAUUGGCAAUUCUUGUCAAUAUUGUUAAGUUUACCAAAUGUGCUAAAUAUAUGAAAGAUGAUGAAGAAGCCAUUGCAAAUGUUUGCUUGAAGAUGAUCAAAAUCCACAAGAAAAGUGAUAAAAUUUUACUCACCUGUGCAACUCUAUUAGCACUGAUAUUAAGAAAUUUAAAAAUUAAAGAAGUAAUCACAAAAGACUCAAUGAAUAGAUACACUAUUAGCAGUAUUGUCCAAACAAAGCCUAACGAUGGGAAAACAUUGGAACUAAUUAAAGCAAUUAGAUUAAACUCAUUUAAAUUUGAACCUUAUUGGAAUUUAAGGAAAGGAGUUAAACACCAAUUCACCGACCGAACCACUGCCUUGACUUAUUUGGGCAUUUUAUUUUCUUCUUGAUUAUUAUUGUUAUAAUUUCUUUACAAUUCUAACCAUUGAAUUAAAUCUCACACCGAGAGAGAAUUAGAAUUAAACAAACCAGAAAACAAAACAAAAACAAAACAAAAAGAGAAAACGAA